AUGGCACUCUUCACUUUCAACUCCAUCAAUUAUUUCAAGCACAGAACAACCAUUACUGUCAGAGUUGGAGAUGUCCUUGUUACUGGUAUUCAUGUUGCAUGCUUAACUGUGGACAGGAGAGAACUAUGGGAAGAACUAUUGAAGAUUAAUGCACUACAACUUCCAUGGUUAGUACUUGGAGAUUUUAAUACAGUUUUAAGUUGCCUCAAGACUGGAAUUCAGUUUUCAUGGUGCAAUGACAGGGUGGGAAAAAAGAGAAUAUUAUGUGAUCUUGAUAAAGCCUUUUUUAAUACUAAAUGGCUGGAUUUGUAUACUACCUGGAACUAUAAAGUGGGAGUAAGAGGAGUUUCAGAUCAUGGCCCUUUGCUGGGAGGUACAACUGAAAUUACAAAACCUCAAAACAUACCUUUUAGAUAUCAACCAAUAUGGACUUCUCAUCCAGAAUUUCUGCAACUUAUAAAAGAAUCAUCGAAAGAAGAAUGUGUGGGAAAUCCUGCUUUUAAUUUUAUGAGUAAGCUUAAGAGGUUCAAAAUAAGGGUAAAACAGUGGAACUGGGAGUUUUUUGGAGACUUGAGAAUCAAAGUCAAAGAAACUGAAGAUGAAGUUUUAAAAGCUACAUUGCUCUCAGAUGCUCAACCAGAGAAUGUAACUCUACUUAAUUAUCUAGUAACUGCAAGAGGAAAACAUGAAUUGGAAGCUCAACAAUACAGUGAAUUACUAAGAUCAAAGUCAAGAAUAAAAUGCGUGAAAGAGGGUGGUGCAAACACAAGUUUUUUUCAUACUUCAAUGAAGGUUAGAAAUGCUCAUAAUAACAUUGCAGAACUUGAAGACUCAAAUGGCAAUAUAGUUGUUGAACAAAAUCAAAUUGCAGACUUGCUUGUGAAUCAUUUUCAGAAGAAAUUUGAACAUCAAGAAGUAAGUCAUGAAGAAAGUUUUUUUAACUCCAUUCCCAAGGUAAUAACUGAAGAAGAUAAUGUUCUCAUGGAUACUCUGCCCUCAACACAAGAGAUUAAAGAUGUUGGUUUUUCUAUGGAUCCAACCAGCUCUCCUGGUCCUGAUAGGUUCCCAGAGGAACUGAAUUCAGGCCAAUUGCAAGGUGCCUUCAUAAAAGGAAGAAACAUUCAGGAGAAGAUUGUGCUUGCUUUAGAGCUUGUAAAUGAAUUAGAUACCAAAAGAAGAGGUAGAAAUGUAGGUUUGAAUUUGGACAUUACUCAAUCUUUUGAUUCAAUGAGCUGGGAAUUCAUUUUUAAAACACUAAAGCACUUUGGCUUCUCUCAAGUGGGAAUUAAUUGGUUGAAGAUAAUCUUUGGGUCUGCAAGGAUUUCACUGCUUGUAAAUGGAUGGCCAUUUGGAUUCUUUGAAGUAGGAAGAGGGCUCGGACAAGGAGAUCCAUUAUCUCCCAUUCUCUUUGUGAUAGCUGAAGAAGUACUGAGCAGAAACUUGACUAAAAUGAUUCAAGAAGGCUUAAUCCAAACAAUGGUUAAUAGAAAAGGAUGCCAGCCAUCUCACUUGAUGUUUGCAGAUGACAUAUUUAUUUCCUGCAAUGGGCACAAAAGAACAUUAGAUAACUUGAUGGGAUUACUAAUGAAAUAUCAAGUUGCAUCUGGACAAAUAGCUAACAGAGCAAAAAGCAGAUGCUUUGUUGGAGGAGUCACUGAAGAAAGAAGAUUAAUCAUUGCAGAAAGAUUACAAAUGGAGCUUUCAGAAUUUCCUGACAAGUAUUUAGGUGUGAUUUUAUGUCAUGGAAGAGUUAAAACAGCUCAAGUUUGGGGGAUAGCGGAAAUGCUACAAAAACAACUGGCUGGUUGGAUUGGUAAAUUACUUGCAUUCUCUGAUAGAUUAAUCUUAGUUAAAUUUGUUCUCUGUAACAUUCCAAUAUACAACAUGUCUGUCUACAAAUGGCCAAAAUCUAUGAUUAAAAAAUGUGAAAGGAUAAUCAGAAAUUUUCUAUGGACUGGUGAUCCGUAUGUGAAGAAAUUGAUAACUGUAAAAUGGGAGGAAGUAAAUGCACCAUUUGUUGAAAGAGGUCUUGGUCUUAGAAGGUUAGAAGUGGUAAACAAAGCUUUGCUGUUAAAACUGCUUUGA